UUUAUAUACUUUUAAAUAGUAAAAUAUGCGUGAAAAAAGCUUUUGACGCAAUUUUUUUUUUAUGGAUAUAAUACUACUUCCCUGCGGUUCGGAGUUUAAUUUAAAAAUUUUGUCUGAGGUCCUUAUUUUUUAUUACUAUACUUUCACACCGUAAAAUAUAUAAGCUAUGUGCACACAGCUUAUACAUGCAAUAAAUUAAAUUAAAAUUGAAAAAAAAAAAAAUAUUUAAUAAACUUUUUAUUUUAUUGUGUAAAAUAUAUAUACCGGAUAUUUCUGGUCAAAAAGAAUCCAGUUGCUUUUUACGUAAUAUUUUUUUUUUGUAAAGUUUGAUUAAAUUUAAACACAUAAAAUAUAUGGUCAAAAUAGUUUUUUAAAAAAACAACACACUGGAUUUCUUUGUUUGUAUCACGUUCCAUCGUUAAAAUUUUUAUGAUCCGCAUAAUAAACAGGGGUACUAUGUAUACAAAUGGUAUAAUGGAGACUUGAAGAGUUGAGUUGAGAUUACUAACGUCUGGAGUUAAAAUAAAAAUAUAAAAUACAUAUAACAAUUUGCUAUAUGCCAUGGCAUUAAAAUAAGAAGAAACAGCUCAAUGACCAUGACUGGUGGGUACCUUUAAAAGAAGAAAUAUUUAAUAUUUGCUUCAGUAUUCAUCGAAGGCUUCACAAGAGAACUUUGACUAUUCAAUUUACACUCCAUCAUCAUAGUUGAAUAUUCAACUGAUAAUCAUGGCACCAAAUGCGGAUCAAUUAGUGGGUCAUAAUGCAGGAAUGAAAAAAUUAAUUCCAGUUAUUAACAAAAUUCAAAAUAUUGUUAGCCAAGCUGGACUAAAUGUGGAAUUAAAUUUGCCUCAAAUUGUUGUGAUUGGUUGUCAAAGUGCAGGAAAAAGUUCUGUUUUAGAAAAUUUUGUUGGCAAGGAUUUUUUACCAAGAGGUUCAGGCAUUGUGACAAGACGACCACUUGUAUUGCAACUUAUCACUGCAAAAACUGAGUAUGCUGAAUUUCUCCAUAAUGCUGGUCGUAAAUAUAAUAUUUCUGAAGUACGUAAUGAAAUUGAAUCAGAAACUAAUAGAACAGAAGGAAAAAAAGGAGUAUCUAAUAGACCUAUUAAUUUAACAAUCUACUCUCCACAUGUUGUAAAUCUUACACUUGUUGAUCUACCUGGUUUAAUAAAAAUAUCAAUGGACAAACAAAAACCUGAUAUUGGAAAGGAAAUUGAAAAGAUGGUACGUGAAUAUAUUGAGAAAAAAAAUAGUUUGAUAUUGGCAGUAACACCAGCCAACUCUGAUCUAGCAAACAGUGAUGCUCUUAAAUUGGCUCAAGAGAUUGAUCCUGAAGGCCUGAGAACUAUUGGUGUCAUCACAAAACUAGAUCUCAUGGAUAAAGGCACUGAUGCAAGAGAUGUUUUAGAAAAUAAAGUAUUUAAAUUACUUAGGGGAUAUAUAGGCGUAGUGAGUCGUAGCCAACAAGACAUUGAUGAAAAUAAAGACAUUGGAAAUGCUUUAGAUGCUGAAAAAAAUUUUUUUUUAAAUCAUUCAUCGUAUAAACACAUGGCAGAUAGAUUGGGAACAGAAUAUUUACAACAUGAAUUGAAUAAACAGCUGACAAAUCAUAUUCAUCAAACUUUGCCAACUCUUCGUGAACAAUUGCAAAAACAACUAAUAGAAAUUGAAGAAUUUAUUGAAAAAUAUGAUCAUUUUAAAGUAGUUGAUCAUCCAACUAAAACCAAAGCAAUGUAUCAAAUGUUACAUCAACUUUCUACUGAUUUUGAGGCUGAAAUUGGAAAUUACAAUUUAGUCGAGGUAAGAGAUGCACCAUAUUUAGGCUCAAAAAUUUAUCGUCUUUAUCACUCGACUUUUCCUCGAGAUAUUGCAACAAUCAUCAUUGAUGGAAAAAUAUUGGAUAAACAAAUUGAAAAAAUUAUAUUGGAUGCUCGGGGAGUCAAGACUGGUCUUUUUACACCUGAUGUAGCAUUUGAAGCACCAGUUAAAAAACAAAUUGCACGACUUGAAGACCCAAGUCUUCAAUUUAUUUCAGUUAUUACUGGGAUAGUUGAUGAAAUUGGAAAAAAAAUCAUUCAUGGUGAACUUGAAGAUGUACAAAAAAAAAUAACUAAUCGUAUAUCUCAUUAUCCAAAAUUACGUGCAAGAGUUCAACAAAAUAUGUCAGUUUACAUAAGACAAUGUGAAAAAAUAUGCAGAGAUCGUUUAAGUCUUUUGAUAAAGUUUGAAUUGACAUAUUUAAAUACCAAGCAUCCAGAUUUUAUGGCUACUACCGGAGCUUACCAGCAAUUUGACCAUGAUGUUAAUGAAAAGGGCAAUGUAACUGAUCAAAGAAUGACCAAGCAAAUUGAAUUAAUAAGAGAUUACAUUACUAGUUAUAUGAAAAUUGUCAAAGAAAAAAUAAUAGAUCUCGUUCCAAAAGCUAUACAGUAUACAGUUAUUGAAGCAACAAAAACAUAUCUCAAGGAAGAUUUAGUAAUUGAUCUAACUCAACAUGUAGAUCAACUAAUGGAAUUGUCUGAAGAUGAAGCACGUAUACGAAAUGAAAAGUAUCUAAUGCGUGAGACAUGUAAAGAAGCACUACGUAUUAUUGAUGACGUGUCAAACAGUAUUCGCUACGCAUAUGUCGUAAAGGCACCAAAUGCGGAUCAAUUAGUGGGUCAUAAUGCAGGAAUGAAAAAAUUAAUUCCAGUUAUUAAUAAAAUUCGAAAUAUUGUUAGCCAAGCUGGACUAAAUGUAGAAUUAAAUUUGCCUCAAAUUGUUGUGGUUGGUUGUCAAAGUGCAGGAAAAAGUUCUGUUUUAGAAAAUUUUGUUGGCAAGGAUUUUUUACCAAGAGGGUCAGGUAUUGUGACAAGACGACCACUUGUAUUGCAACUUAUCACUGCAAAAACUGAGUAUGCUGAAUUUCUUCAUAAUGCUGGUCGUAAAUAUAAUAUUUCUGAAGUACGUAAUGAAAUUGAAUCAGAAACUAAUAGAACAGAAGGAAAAAAAGGAGUAUCUAAUAGACCUAUUAAUUUAACAAUCUACUCUCCACAUGUUGUAAAUCUUACACUUGUUGAUCUACCUGGUUUAAUAAAAAUAUCAAUAGACAAACAAAAACCUGAUAUUGGAAAAGAAAUUGAAAAGAUGGUACGUGAAUUUAUUGAGAAAAAAAAUAGUUUGAUAUUGGCAGUAACACCAGCUGACUCUGAUCUAGCAAAUAGUGAUGCUCUUAAAUUGGCUCAAGAGAUUGAUCCUGAAGGCCUGAGAACUAUUGGUGUCAUCACAAAACUAGAUCUCAUGGACAAAGGCACUGAUGCAAGAGAUGUUUUAGAAAAUAAAGUAUUUAAAUUACGUAGAGGAUAUAUAGGCGUAGUGAGUCGUAGCCAACAAGACAUUGAUGAAAAUAAAGACAUUGGAAAUGCUUUAGAAGCUGAAAAACAAUUUUUUUUAAAUCAUCCAUCGUAUAAACACAUGGCAGAUAGAUUGGGAACAGAAUAUUUACAACAUGAAUUGAAUAAACAGCUGACAAAUCAUAUUCAUGCAACUAUGUCAGCUCUUCGUGAACAGUUGCGAAAACAACUGAUGGAAACUGAAGAUUAUAUCGAAAAAUAUGAUCAUUUUAAAGUAGUUGAUUAUUUAACUAAAACCAAGGCGAUGCAACAAAUGCUACAUCAACUUUCCACUGAUUUCGAGGCUGAAAUUGCAAACUUAUCGUCAAAAAUUUAUCAUCUCUAUCACGUGAUUUUUCCUCAAGAUAUUGGAAAAAUCAUCAUUGAUGGAAAAAUAUUGGAUAAACAAAUUGAAAAAAUUAUAUUUGAUGCUCGGGGCAUGUAUCAUUUAAACAUUUAUCAUCAAGUAAUACUGAAUACAACAGGAGUCAAGACUGGUCUUUUUACACCUGAUGUGGCAUUUGAAGCACCAGUUAAAAAACAAAUUGCACGACUUGAAGAACCAAGUCUUCAAUUUAUUUCAGUUAUUACUGGGAUAGUUGAUGAAAUUGGAAAAAAAAUCAUUCAUGGUGAACUUGAAGAUGUACAAAAAAAAAUAACUAAUCGUAUAUCUUAUUAUCCAAAAUUACAUGAACGAGUUAAACAAAAUAUAACAUCUUACAUCAGAAAAUGUGAAAAAAUAUGCAGAGAUCAUUUAAGUUUUCUGAUAAAGUUUGAAUUGACAUAUUUAAAUACCAAUCAUCCAGAUUUUAUGGCUACUACCCGGAUUUUCGAGAAAAAUCGAACUAGAGAGAAAAAUUAUUUUUUUCGAUUAUCUCCGAUUUUCUCUGCAUGUUCUCCAAGUCGGAGAAAUCAUAUUAGCCAGAGUACAGCUUACCAGCCGGUUAGCCAUGAUAAUGAUGAGAAUGGCACAGUAACUGAACAAAGAAUGAGUAAACAAGUUAAGGUAAUAAGAAGUUACAUUGAUAAUUACAUGAAAAUUGUCAAAGAGAGAAUGAUAGAUCUUGUUCCAAAAGCUAUACAGUAUACAGUUAUUGAAGCAACAAAAAUAUAUAUCAAAGAAGAUUUAAUAAUUGAUCUAAGUGCACAUGUCGAACAACUAAUGGAAUUAUCUGAUGAUGAAGUACGUAUACGAAAUGACAAGUAUCAAAUGCGUGAGACAUAUAAAGAAGCUCUACGUAUUAUUGAUGACUUGUCAAAUACUAUGCACUACUAAAAACUUAAA